ACAGACUAGCUGCAGUUCUCCUCAGACCUCCAGUGCUUCAAUGCUCUUCAGUUCAGUUUUACCGGCUGGACUGCAUGUGUGUCUCUCACAAGGUGCGACAGUGAGAGUGUGUGUAUCUGUGAGUGUCAGAGGGUGUUUGUGUGCGUGUCUGAGCAGUAUUGGGACCAAAGCACUGCGGAUUUGUGUGCAGCAUAUUCUGUGGACUGAUGCCCUCUGCUUCUCCGAACAGGACACACAGAUUUACCUGCUCAACAGAGGUCAGAGGGCAACCGAACAACCAAAAAACUGAGCCAGAUGGAGUUCUAGAAACUUCAUCUUCCCAGCUGGGUAGAAUCUUGAGCUUCCAGAUCUCUGAGACCUGGACAGGCCUUUGACUGGGGGAAACUUACAUUUGAUGUUAGGAACUGUGAGUGCAGAUUGAUCAAGUGCGCAACUGCUGAGAAGCGGACGGGAGUCUUUGCCACCCAGACAGCAUCUUGAGGAUCCAAGACUUCUGGGAAACUGAGGAAACUUGACGUGAACUGCUGAGGAAGGCUGGUAGACGUGACAAAAAGAAGGGAGAAGAAAGUGAAGUGUAGGAUGGAAACACAGAGCAGAGGGCAUCUGAGAGGGGGAGGAAGCACACCCCCUGAAAGAAUCACUUCCUGUCUUCUGCUCACGCUUAUCACUGGAGUGUGUUGCGUUCAUGCUCUAGAGAUGUCUACUGGUAAGAUCCCGUUUUUGGAAGCAGUGAAUGGCAGCACAGUCCUUCUGCCCUGCACCUAUGCCAGCUGUAUUGGGAUCACUAACCUCUACUUCAAAUGGGAGUUCAAUGAUAAUGGCACCAUGCAGAAGGUGGCUGAUUCUGUGAUUCCAACGGAUCACGUGGAGCCAAAUAAGGUGAACAUCUACCGCGAAAGGGUGGAGUAUGUUGGCUCCAGUAAAGAAAACAACAUCUCUAUCCUGCUUUGGAACAUAACAUUCGAGGACGCAGGUGUCUACAACUGCUUUGGCAAAAAUCCCAAAGAGAAGGGCAAGAAUCACACUGCCUUUUUCACCCUAACCGUAGUAGAGGAAUUAAAGGUGAUUGAUAACACGCUCACCAUUAUCAUUGCCUCCUGUGUUGGUGGAUUCAUCGCUUUUUUAAUGGCCUUCAUGCUGAUAAAGAACUUCACUCUGUUUGUUCUCGCAAAGAUUGAUGAAAAAAAUAAGGAGUGCCUUGUCACCUCCUCAGGGAUUGAUAACACGGAGAACGGUCUGUCGGGCUCCAAAUCUACACCAAAGAAAGCAUGACAGCGUGCAUCCAAACACAGUCACACAUGCACUUGAAAACAUGGAUCAGCCAUCAUGCUGUGCCCUCUCUGUUCAUUCACAUAUGUGUUUACAAGUGCUAUGCUUCUGUUUUAAUCACAGAGAGCAAUGAUAGUAUUAAACUAAUUUGAAAGAUUUUCAUUCAUAAUAUAUCCAUGGAUGAUAUUCACAUGGCUCAUUUUAAACAUUUGGUUGACUCGUAAACACAGAUAUGAAUGAAAAGAGGGGCAUUAUGUAUUUCUGCAUAUAUUUACAUUUAUAUAUGCAUUUAAAUAUGCACCACAUGCAGCCUCAUGCACUUUAGUUUAUUGACCCACACCGAAUCUGUGGGCUAUAUUUAUUCUUAUGAUAGAAAAAAUAAAUAUUUUCUUCAGACAAUGCUUAAGACAGGGAUAAUGUGCUAAUCAUUUAGAUCAUUGGACUGGACUGUAAAACUGUGAAGGGCCCUUAGCCUCACGUGUAGGUGCCUGACUAAAAUAGUUGAGAAAUGAGUACAGGUGAGAACACUUCUGAACUUUAGUUCAGAGCUUGUAGUAGAAUACUGUUUGGGGAUUAAGUUUUGUUUAGCACAAGUUUCGGGCAAAGGUCUAUGGAUUUUUAUUGUGAGUCCUUGUGUAAAUACAAAUGUAGUAUUGUUUGUCAAAUGGCCAUCAGCCUAAAUAUAUCUGUUGUAGAAAGAUCAAUUAUGCAACAAUUUUAGGGCAAGUUGUUAAGAGGACACUAGUGAUUUGUGCUGUUUCACUGACAGAGACAGACUCUCAGAGUGGAUUAAAAAAACUGCACGUUUUAAUGCAGUACUUCUGAAUAGAGUAAAAACAAAUAAUAAUAAAUCAGCAGAACUCUGAUUAUAAUAAGCAUGAAGGGAGAAAAUAGGCCUUAUUGUAACAGUCUUGAGUCCAGUUCAACAUAAAACUCAUUACCGUUUUUGCUUGAAAAUAAAACACAGGUGCCUGUUAAUGCUUCUCUCGCCACCUUUUGGCGAGGACAACUAAAUCAAUGCAGAACAUUAUGAUGCAAAAAAAAAGAAAAAAGAAAAAAAAAAGAAAAAAGAAAUAGAAAACGCUGCAAAAUUACAAAAGCCAAACAGUUAGUAAAUACAAGCUAAUGAAUGAUACUUGACAAUCUGUAGAAAUCAAUAUCCCCUUAGAGAAAACCCUGAAUGAAACACUGAAAAUGCUGCUUCAGAUAAUUUUCAAUGCAUUAUAGCAUGUUAAAUGGCCAGAAGUUUUAGGGAUAUAUGGCUGACUAUAACAGUAGAAACAUUAUAUGUAAUGCUUUUUUAUUGAAAUAUUGAAACAAAUUGUCACAUACUGAACAGAAUUAGCAUCAGCUUUGAAACUGAAUAUAGCUUGGUGAAUUUCCAUGCUAAACAAAAUAUGAAUACCAAAAAGGAAAAAUAUAAAUAUAACCUUCCAAUGCAAACAGACAUACUGUGACCUGUAAAUCAUGCAACUCACCCUACGACAUCAUGAAAAUGCAAUAUUUAAAGGCAAUAAACUCAUUGUCAUACAGUCAUGUAGAACAAUAACUAAAUGAUAGUAUACAUGAUGUAAAUAUAGAUUUACCAAGACAUGACUGGAUAUAGGUAUCACAGGUUUUCAGAAGUUUAGCUAAUAAGCAUUUCAAACUUUCACUUGAAGGAUUCAGGGAAUUCAGUGGAGACCAGAAAAGGGACUGACGUCAAGCAAGUCUGGUGAGGUGAGGUCUGUUCAUUUGAUUAGAAGUGAAAUGAUUGAGAAUUAAUAAAUAAAAAAAUGUCACCUCUAAAAGACAGAGAGCAAAUUAUCCUGUCAUACAAAAAAGAUGUUACCUCUUUUAGUUACAUUUUAUAUUUAGUGAAAUGAAAAUUAAGCAAGUUGGUAAUAAAAAGUAACGGAUAAUGAAACAAAUCUACUGAUCUACCUACGAGAGCUCUGCCUAUAGGUACAACCAUUAUUACUGAAUACUUGAAAGAAUUUUACAGGUCUUUGGAUUUUGCAAUUAUUGAGGAAUUUUACUGUGAAUCCUGGGUGAUGCCAAAAGGAGUUAACUCCAGAUAAACAGUCAGAGGUUGUAACCGUUUAUAUAUUUCUUGUAGAUUUAUUAGAACUAUAGAGCGCAAAAUCAGGCUGAGAAAUCUGGUAAAUUUAUACUGAAUUUGGACCUGACAAAAACAUAGCAAUGUAGGUUGUAUAUCCAGAGCUCUCCUCUCAUACCCCUCUGUAAUAUCACUAAAUGUUUAAAUUGUCUAUGAAAAUAGAAAUCAUUUUCUUUAUAGUAUUUUUUUUUUUAAAUGUAUUUAUUUGAAAUUGUAGUGGUGUAAUUUAAAUUAUUGGAAUUCUGUUGGUUAAAGAUUCACUUGAAUGUAACCAUAACUUCUGUGGUUAAGUUAGGACUCAACUUUCAACAACACUUGAGUCAGUUGUGCUUUGAGUGGAUAACUUCUGGCAUACACUGUCUUUUAUUUAAAUCUUGAUCCUCAGUUUUUUUUGUUUGUUUGUUUGUUUUUUUAAUCUUGGCACACAAGUUAGUAAAGCAAUACACAUUCAGAGGGCUCUUUAGCUUCAUUUAAUAGGAGACAUAUUGAGAAGGUACAUUCAUAAAUUUUCAAAGCACUUGUACUACCUCUUAUUAAGAAAUAUUUUUUACCAUAUUAUUGUGCUAAACUUGAAUUUAAUAUUUAUGCAUUUAAUAAUUUUAAGAUUUUGGAACAGUCAGUGUUUUCUCUGGUUGUUCAGUGAAAGAGUUAUUCUGCUUGAUAUUGGGCUUUAAGAUCUUAGGGCUUUUAAUUAAUUAAUGCACAGCAUAUCAGUUUUGUUUGGAUUAGCUAUUAUUUGUCAGGUCAUGAUGUCCGCCAAGCCUAAUUGUGAUCAGGCUAUUACAUCAAUCAGAAGUUUCGACCAUAAUUUUGUGAUUUUGUUUUUGAAAUGAUUUUGUUGAAGUGAAACUGUAUUGUGUGUCAUGUUUUUGUAUUGGAGUUUGAAUCAAAUUUCACAAGCACCCAUUUCAUGUAGCCAAAACCAACAUCCAUAUAUUUGUGUUCAGUGUGUCUGUUCACACAAACUGUGAUUCUAAAACAGCUUCUGUAAAGCUUUCUGCAGCUCACCAUGUGGAAAAUCAUAAGAAAAUGCCAGAGACAAAGCGAUAUAGAGGAUGUGGGAGAAACAUUAAAAGUUUGAUUGCUUA